GUUGUUGCAGCUUCCUGUUGGUUUAUUGAGGAAAUGGGUUCUGGAAAUUCUUGAUCUGCGAGGUUUGUGGAUCGAAGUGGGUAUUGCUGGAGAGUUGAAGGGAAGAUCGCAUUAUGUUCUUGGGGCUUAGUUGAGGUGGUUUGAUUGUCAGAAUCACGUUUUACGAUUCUCAUCUGUCAAUGUCGAGUUGAUUCAGCAAAAGCCCUAAUUCGAUGAACAAAUUAGAUUUCGUAAUUUCUGCUUGCAUUGUUCUUCUGUUUUAGAAGAAACCCUAUCCGCAGACUACAUGGGAAGCCUCAAUCUCGAAGUAGACGAUGCAAAGAGACGAGCGGAAGUAGUUGUGUGGCUGAACAGUUUGUUCCCGGAGCUUAAGCUGCCGGAGGAGGCCACGGAGUGGGAGCUCAGAGCGCAGCUGUUUGAUGGUUCUGUUUUUAAUGGAAUUCUUAGGAUGUUGAAUCUUGGUGCUGUGGACGAGACUGAAUACACCGAUAAUGCUUCCUCUGAGAAGCGCCUGGAAAUUUUGAAGCUUUUCCUCUCUGUUGUAAAUGAGUUGGGGCUGCCCAGUUUCCAGGAAUCCGAUUUGGAGAAGGGAAAUUUUUCUGUAGUUUUGGAAUGUCUUCUCUCCAUCCGGAGUCACUUUGGUUCCACUGUUAGGAAAGACAAGGCUUUGAGAUCACUACCAAGGUGCAAAAGUCUGCAAAUUAGGAAGUUGAAGCAAGGGGAAAGUAUGUAUGGUUCAUUAGCUGAUGGAGUUUAUGGUGGUUCCCCAGUCUUUGGUGAUGAUAAAAAAUCAAAUUUUGCAGAAAGAAAAUUCCAAUUUGCCUCAAGGAACCUUGUUUCAGAUACAACCAGUGCUUUAUCUCAACAUGCUGGAGGUAAACUCCAUGAGAUUUUCCAGCUAAAACGGGGACAGUUUUCUGAACUUUCGUCUGCAAAGAUUUCUGAAAUCAUGAAACUGAACAGUUUGGAUAAUGCUCCAACACAAUCACUUUUGAGCGUUGCCAAUGAGAUUCUUGAUGAAAGCGUUGAGAGAAAAAAUGGGGAAAUACCUCAGCGUGUGGCAUGCUUGUUGAAAAAAGUCAUGCAAGAAAUCGAAAGGCGAAUAACAACUCAAGCAGAGCAUAUCAGACAUCAAGGUAAUCUGAUGAAAGCACGUGAAGAGAAGUAUCUAUCAAGGAUCAAGGUGCUUGAGACGCUGGCCAAGGGAUCAAACGAAGAAACUUGGAUUACCGCAAACCAGUACCAGGUCCUACAGGCAGAUAAGAAAAAAAUUGAGGAGCAAAAGAGACUUGGGGAGGAAGUAGAUAGGCUGAUUAAGGAGAAAGAAAACAGUGAUAGCGUUAUUGCAGAGCUUACACUGGAUAGUGAAUCAACUAAGAGGUCAUAUGAGCAAAAAUAUCAGCACCUAGAAACUGAAUCCAAUAGAACAAAGUUGGAACUAGAAAGGAAGAUAAAGGAGGUUGAAGUCCUUUUAGAAGAGUCAACAAGAAGGUCAAAGGAACUUGAGGUAUUUUCAGAAUCAAAGUUUCAAAACUGGAACCAGAAGGAGGGCAUCUUCAAUGAGUUAAUAUGUUUAGAAUUACGAUCGUUGCAGGAUUUGAGGACAUCUUCUCAAUCAAUAAAAGAAGAAUUUAUUUCUAUACAAGAACAAUGGAGCGAAGAAAUUGUAAAGCUUGGGUUAAACCUGAAAGUAUUGGCCAAUGCUGCGGAAAAUUACCACACUGUUUUCUUAGAGAAUCAAAAAUUGCACAAUGAGGUUCAAGAAUUGAAAGGUAAUAUCCGAGUUUGUUGUCGGAUAAGGCCCUUACUUCCAAGGGAAAACACGAAGUUUACAAUCAUAGACUAUAUUGGUGAGAAUGGUGAGCUCACUAUCGUAAAUCCUUCCAAACACGGAAAGGACGGACAAAAAAUGUUCAAAUUCAAUAAGGUCUUCGGUCCAGCUGCCACCCAAGGGGAAGUAUUCUCAGAUAUUCGGCCUUUAGUACGAUCGGUUCUUGAUGGAUACAAUGUCUGUAUCUUUGCUUAUGGACAAACUGGAUCAGGCAAAACAUACACAAUGAGCGGACCUGAUUCUCCAUCCGAAGAAGAAUGGGGAGUCAAUUAUCGAGCUUUGAAUGAUCUUUUUCAUAUAUCUCGGCAUAGAAGAAACACCGUAUUAUAUGAAGUUGGUGUGCAGAUGAUUGAGAUAUAUAAUGAACAAGUUCGAGAUCUACUUUCCAAUGAUGCUUCACAAAAGAGACUUGGGAUUGUGAGUAUAACUCAAUCAAAUGGACUUGCUAUCCCGGAUGCAAGCAUGCACUCUGUUACUUCAACCUCUGAUGUGCUUGAACUCAUGCAUUUUGGACAAGCAAAUAGAGCUAUAAGUGCUACAGCACUAAAUCAAACUAGUAGCCGUUCACAUAGUGUCGUAACCAUUCAUGUUCGAGGCAGUGAUUUGAAGGCUGGAACAACUCUGUAUGGAUCUCUUCAUCUCGUUGACCUUGCCGGGAGUGAGAGAGUUGAACGCUCCGAAGUGACAGGAGAUAGGCUCAAGGAAACUCAGCAUAUUAACAAAUCAUUGUCUGCUCUAGGCGAUGUAAUAUUUGCUCUAUCCCAAAAAAGUGUUCAUGUUCCAUACAGAAAUAGCAAGCUCACGCAAGUCUUACAAAGCUCCUUGGGCGGCCACGCGAAGACACUUAUGUUUGUGCAGAUAAAUCCAGAUGUAAAUUCAUAUUCAGAAAGUUUAAGUGCUUUGAAAUUCGCAGAAAGAGUGUCUGGAGUCGAGUUAGGUGCUGCUCGUAGUAACAAAGAGAGCAAAGAUAUCAAGUAUUUGACUGAACAGGUAGCGUCGCUAAAAGAAACCAUUGCGAGGAAAGAUGAGGAAAUUGAACAACUGCAAAUGCUCAGGGAAUCUGGAGCAUUCUCUUCUGGGGUCAACAAUGUAAAAAUUGGAAGUUUUCCUCUGCGCCACUCAUUCUUUCCUCCUGGAAUAUCCUCAAAAAGUUUGACUUCGCAACAAGACUUUGGUUUGUCAGCUCAAAGUAUUAUCAGAUCUAAUAAUGAAGCUACUUCAGAUUCUGGGAACAACUCAGACUACAGCGACAGACAUUCUGAAAUAAGUUCACAGAAUUCUGUGGAUGAGAAGCAGAAGAGGGAAAGUUUGUGCCAGACAAAGCAUUCUGCUGAAGAACCUGGUUUGAGGUGUCCGGCAGAUUCACGUAUUUUGGCAUUCAGUGGCGAAGAUUCAGGAGAAGGAUUAAAUGAUGCAUAUAAUGGUGGACAUUUGGGGUCCGAUGGGUUAGUUAGUGCUAUUGAGUCCUCUCAAUUCCCUGAGCAGAACAGGCCAAUCAAUGGCACAAAAGAAAAGAUGUCCAGAGUUACUUCAGGUGUAGCUAAGUCAUUGCACGCAAAGAUCGCACAAGAAACAGCGAUCCAUCCAAAAUUCAAGGAUUCCGUGAAAUCUCCAACCUCUCCUGCUACAAAAGGUGCUUUGAAGCCUAUAAAUUCUAAAGAUGGUUUGAAGUCUCCAAGCUUAAAGAACAACCAUAGCCAUGCAACUUUAUCCCCAGCUAAGCCCCUCUCAAAACGCUGGCAGUAAUCCUCUGUGUGUGUGGCAGGAAAUUCACUUAAGUUUUUGUGAAUACACAAUUUUGCAGAUAUGUCCAAAUCUCAAUUUUUAAAGUAAAGCCCUCAGUUCAAUAUUCUUCUAUGACUCAUUUUAUUCUGAAAGAUUGUAUAUAAUUUCUCAUAUAAUUUUUUUAUUCAAUUUGUUUAGUGGGGCCCAUAAAUGCGUG